CAAAUCACAAGCAUCCAAAACUCCUUGGCGGUCACCACCUCUGAGCAUGAGGGAACAGCCUCCAGCACAAGGACACAGGUCACUGCACGUAUUUAUUGCUGGCAGAUAAGGGGGGCAGCACUCACAUAUCAGAGUGGGCAACCAUACUGCUACAGGGGAACUCAGCUGAAAACACUGAGCACAAAUGUGUCCAUGUUCUUGCUUGUCUGUGGCUGCUAUUUUUUCUCCUGCGCGUGCUUCUCAGCGUCUGUGGACUCAUCACUGAAAGUGCAGAGCUUGCAGAACCGUCAAGAUGAUGAAGAAAGCAAGGAUGGCAGAUGAGACUGCCACAGGGCAGGGUUUCGCUGGACUGCCCAUCACUGAAGAAGGUCAACUAAACUUUUCAUCAGGCAUCAAAAGAACAUCAACAGUCCCUGGGGUGAUGUUCACUCAAUACAUGGAAGAGCUUCUGGAAGGGAAGAGUACACCGGACUUCAGCCGUAAACCCAUCCCUUUAAUCGUCCAGGAAGCUGAUAUAGAUGCCAGUUCUGGAAAGAAGACUGAGAGGAAAGGCAGAUGGGUUGCUGAGAGCGGAAUGGACUUAGAGAAAAUCCCAAGUGAACAGCAAGAAAAACUGAUAAGGGACAUGGAAGAGAUGAAGGAUAUGGCUGAAAAGGCCCAACUGGAAUGGGAGGAAGGAUUUGGUGCUAGUCCGGGUGGGGCUGGAAUGAGUGGUGAAGUUGGUGGUAUAAUUGUUGCAGUAGGUGGUGCUGGUGGAAUCAAAGGGGGGAAAGGGGGGAAAGGAGGUAAAGGUGGAGCUGGAAAGGCUGGUGGAGCAGGUGGAGGGGCUGGUGGAGCAGGUGGGGCCGGUGAUGCUGGUGGGGCUGGUGGAGCAGGUGGGGCCGGUGAUGCUGGUGGGGCUGGUGAUGCUGGUGGAGCAGGUGGGGCUGGUGAUGCUGGUGGAGCAGGUGGGGCUGGAGGAGGUGAUGGGGGUGAUGCAGGAAAGGAAACUCCUGGAGAGGGCUCCGGAGAAGGUGGGGCUGGAGAUGACCAAGAAAAGAAGAAAAGCAAAGAACCGGAGAAACCUGUAGUACCUGAACUUCAUAUCACCACUGGCCUGGAGGAUGUGCGAGCCAUCCUGGGAGAAUCAGCACAAAUGGUCUGCAAAGUGAACCUUGAGGCCUGCAACGGAAUCUGGUACAAAGACGGAAAAGAGAUCACUUCCUCAGCAGAGAUGAAAAUUUCUAAGGACGGCACUUCCCACGUGCUGAAAAUGAAGAAGGUCACGGAAGAAUUAGGUGGAAAGUAUCGCUUUGAGGCUGAAGGGCGGAAAACGGAGGCCACGCUUAUCGUGGAAGACCCACCCAAGUUUGACAAGAAAGAACUGGCUACGUUCACCACGCCGGUCACCGUGAAAACCGGCCAACAUGCUACGUUCAAGGUCCCUUUCACGGGCCGUGAGCCAUUUAAAAUUAAGUGGUACAAGGAGGGAGAAGAGCUGAGCAAUGACGUCAACGUCAAGAUCGAGAUGGCCCCUGGGCACUCCCGGCUGCUCCUCAGCAAGCUGCACCGCAAAGACACUGGGGAAAUCAAGAUAAAGGUCAAGAACGAGUGUGGUGUCGUAGAAGCCUACAGCAAACUCACUGUCCUUGAUAAACCUACUCCACCACAAGGACCUCUGGAAGUUCUCGAAAGUUCUGCCAAAGGCAUUGAGAUCAAGUGGAGACCCCCAAAGGACGAUGGCGGCUGUCCAAUUAUCAAUUACAACCUGGAGCGUCAGCAGUUGGGACGCAACACCUGGAAGAAAAUUGGAAACGUCCCGGCCAAUCCCCCAGUGUACAAGGACAAUGACGUGGACCAUGGCAGGAAAUACUGCUACCGCAUCAGAGCGAUAUCAUCAGAGGGUACCAGUGACGAUUAUGAGACAGAGGAUGUCCAGGCAGGCACCAAGGCAUAUCCUGGUCCACCUGUAACACCCAAGGUGGUCAGCGCUUUUAAGGACUGCAUCAAUCUGACCUGGGCCCCCCCUACCAACACUGGCGGAAGCAGCAUUUUGGGUUACAACCUGGAGAAACGCAAGAAGGGCAGCAACCUGUGGAUCCAGGUUAACCCGGAAGGAGAGCCAAUUCAAGCAAGAAAGUAUGCAGUGACAGACGUAGUCAUAGGGAUUGCGUAUGAAUUCCGGAUAUCAGCAGUCAAUGUUUCUGGGUCAGGUGAACCAAGUACCCCAACUGAGUGGGUGAUUGCAAGAGAUCCCAAGAAGCCCCCAGGGAAAGUUGUUGAUCUGAAGGUGAUCGACUCGACAUACAACAGUCUGUCCCUUGCCUGGACUAAACCCAAGGUGGAAGCCAGGAUGUAUGACGAGGCCAAGGGCUACUUUGUGGAGAUCAGGCCCGCGGAGAGCAUGGAGUGGGCUCGCUGUAACCCCAAUCCCAUCACCACGGUCACGUUCACCGUGAAGGGCAUGAAGUCCAUGGCCAUGUACUGGGUGAGGGUGAUGGCCAUGAACGAGGGGGGGUUGGGAGAGCCCCAAGAACUGGACAACUACAUCCUGGCCAUGCCCCCACCCGUGAGGCCACGAUUCACAGAUUCCAAACUGAAAAGCUUCUGGAUUGUCCGAGCAGGGAAUUCUGCACGGAUCAACAUUUCUUUUGAGGCUUCUCCAUGGCCCGAGGUAACUUGGUUGAAGGAUGGCUUUCCCAUUUCCAAACGGGUGACAGUGACCAACGCAGAGGGGGCUUCCCAGCUCCUCAUCCCCUCCUCAGAGCGCUCCGACAGUGGAGUGUACGCCAUCAUAGUCAAGAAUCUGGUCGGCCAGGAAACCUUCAGCGUAGAGAUCAGAGUUACAGAUGAACCAAAGCCACCUGGUCCUGUGGAACUAGAAGAAAACGUCCCCAGCACAGUGACCUUGUCCUGGGAACCUUCUCCGGAUGAGAAGCGCGAUGACCGGCUGCACUACGUGGUGAACCAGCGAGACUCCAUCAAGCGGACCUGGCACACGGUGGGCGACCGGAUCUUCAACAACAAGUUCACCGCCUGCAACAUUCUGCCCGGGAGAGAGUACCACUUCCGCGUGUACGCCAAGAACGACAUGGGGAUGUCCGACCCAGUCGAAUCAACAGCUUGGGAGAUCUACCGGAAGAAAGAAAAGUUUACCAUUAAUAUCCCAGAGUCUAAACAAUGUAACUUAGAGAAGGCGCCCAAGUUCCUGGUGCCGCUGAAGAUGCACUCGGCUCCCCAGGGCUACGAAUGCUACAUGAGCUGCGCGGUGAGGGGUAACCCGGUACCUCGGGUCAUCUGGUACCGCGACAACGUGAGCAUCAACAGCAACGCCAACUAUUACAUCACCAACACCUGCGGCGUCUGCUCCAUGCUGAUCAUCAGGGUCGAGUCCAAGGACACUGGGGAGUUCAAGGUCAUCGCGGAUAAUAAACUGGGCCGGGCCGAGAGCUCCACCAUCCUCAAUGUUAGAGAAUGAAGCAGGGGAAGGUCAGGCUGAUGAAGCCAUCACAUUGGUCUUAUCUUCUAGAAUUCCUCUCACGUUUUAUUAAAAUUUACUUUAAAAUUGCUAAUGUGUGAUUAUAAAUGUGACCCAAUUUAUUUUUAGGUGUCCACUAAAAUGCCUGUUGACAAGUGUUCAGCAUGUCUUCUCUGUGAAACUGUGCGAAGCCUCUACCCACUAAACUUUAAUUAAAAAUUCUGCCCAUUGUACUAUUGCUGAGGCAUUAGCACUAAGUGAGAAAGGUGAUAGCAUCCCAAUAUUCUCAGUAUCAAAAAAGGCUCACACCGGCCCAACAACAGUGGGCAACAUAAAUGAAAAUGGGCAUAAUCAAAAAAAUUUAAAUACAUUAAAAGCAUUAUACUACCUAGAAUCAUAUACACUAUAACUAAUGGCAUGCAUGUCUGAAAGAUUUUUUUGGGUGUAUUGGACCUAACAAAGAUGCAUGCAAGUUUUUGACAACAGAUAUAUGGACUAAGAAGCUCAGUGAAAAUAUGAUUUCUUCUACACUGUUGACUAAUAAAUUAACAUAUUGAUAUGAAA